AUGGCGGCGACCACGUACAUGCCGGGCGAGCUGGACCUCGGCAACCUGGGCGGGUACCAUGCUGCGUCGCCGCGCAGCGCCGAGCCCGCCGACAUGAAGUACCAGCACCACUUGCAGGCGGGCGGCUCGCCGUCGCCGGGCGCGCCCGUGCUGAACCCCUGGGCGUCGCUGCCGCCGGCCGACCCCUGGGCCGUGCACCAGCACCACGCACACGCGCACCAGCCCGACGUGAAGCCGCCGCCCGCGCCGCACGACCACCGCCACCUGCAGCACAGCCACGGCUGGCACGCGCCCGUCGUCUCCGCGCACUACGGCGCAGCCUCGCCCGUCGCGCUGCACGGCGGAUAUGCCGUGCCCAUGCACCAGCACCAUAUGCUCCGAGACGUGCAACCUUCCCCGCAUCCCCUGCACCAUCACCACGGCCUCGAGCGGGAUCAGCCUGAAGAAGAUACACCUACCAGUGACGACUUAGAAGCCUUCGCAAAACAGUUCAAACAGCGACGCAUCAAGCUAGGCUUUACGCAGGCCGACGUCGGCCUCGCUCUUGGAACCUUAUACGGCAAUGUUUUCUCCCAAACAACGAUCUGUCGAUUCGAGGCGUUACAGCUUAGUUUCAAAAAUAUGUGCAAAUUGAAGCCCCUACUUCAAAAGUGGUUAGAGGAGGCCGAUUCGACGACCGGCAGCCCGACGAGUAUCGAUAAAAUAGCCGCACAGGGCCGAAAACGAAAGAAGCGCACCUCGAUCGAAGUGUCAGUGAAGGGAGCGCUCGAACAACAUUUUCACAAGCAGCCGAAACCGUCCGCGCAGGAGAUAACGACGCUCGCGGACAGUUUGCAGCUGGAGAAGGAAGUUGUGCGCGUGUGGUUUUGCAAUCGACGGCAAAAAGAGAAAAGAAUGACGCCACCGAAUACGCUCGGCGGUGAGAUGCUGGACAGUAUGGGCCACGGGCACUAUUCGCACGAAGUGCACGGGUCGCCACCGAUGCACGCGCACUCGCCGGCGCUGUCGCCGCCGCACGCGGCGCACGGCGGCCACGGCGGGCACGGCGGCCACGGCUCGCACGGCUCGCACGGCAGCCACGGCCAGCACGCGCACUCGCAGCACACGCUGGCGCCGAGCGCGCACACGCUGGCGGCGCACUAA